AUGCACGAGACCGAGGGGGUGCGCGAGCGGCAGGAGGGGAAGAUCAGCGCGACGCGAUGCGUGAGCUGGUUGACCACUUCAAGCAGGCCUUCGCGACAUCAACUCAUGACCAGGGGCACCGUGCCCACUCAGGCACGUCUAGCAACCAGAUCUUAGAACUGAGGCAGAGAGAAAAGACUGAUGUACCAGCAUGAAGUGAUGACUAUCUGAAGAACAGAUCGAUCGAAGUUGCAUUGCGAGUGUUCACGAGUGCUUGUGAAGCGUGGCUGGAGAGUGAGGGACUUGCUGGUGUGAUGAGGAGUUCAGAGGUCCCUUUUGGUGCAGCUGGUGUGGAUUUGAAUUGGUUGAGCAGCACGUUCGGAGAGGAGAGAGUGAAGCAAUCCAGGAAGAUUUGGACGUUUAUGCUAGCUAAGAUCACAGCACAACCCGUACAAGCCCAAAUCUUGGCAUCAGAAUCACCUCAAGCAGGGUACCGCGUGUUUCUCGAACAAUACAGCCAGGACAAGAGUCAGGAGCGACAAACUCUUGACGACGCAUGGAACGUCAUAGGCCAGAGGCAAGGAGAGAGUCUUAUGGACUUCUACGGUAGGGCAGUUGCGCUGUGGAUGAGACUUCGAUCGAAUGGUGAUAACAGGGAUGAAAAGUCGAUGUGCAGGCACAUAGUCCGGGGAUUUCUCCCAAGGUUUGAGAAAACUAAAGACCGUCUUCUGUUUGAUUCGAUGUUGUCGAGGGCUACAAUGCAGGAGAUGCUGAGGUUGGGAGAGCACGAGCUGAGGUACGAGCGGAGAGCCGGAGAGGGGAAGGAAGAGAUGAGGCACGCCCUCGUCGCUGCCGGCGUGGGCCGGGGUGGCGAGGCGAGGAAACCAGCCGCUGCAGGAUCGGAGCAAGGCGGAGAUCGACUCCAGCAACCACAAAGGUCGGUGCAGUCACAUCAGCAGCAACCAUCGCACUUCUGCAAGCUGCACCGCCCCAACAGCACCCACGAGACCUCCGAAUGUCACAAGUUACGCAACGAAUUCCUCGCUCACUAGAACGAGUUCUGCGCGUACACGAGCGGGAGGCGGGAGGCCCAGGCAUCGGUCUUCCCUCGAGGCGGAGCCCAAGACUCGGGGCGGAUGGUUGGUGGCCCAUAUCGACAGCAGCCGUACCAAAACGAGCAAGGUGCGGGCU